GGUCCCUGCAGGUAACCAUACAGGGACUGAGUAAAUCAAUUAACUCCAUGGUUUUCAUGGUGAUUCCUGGACAACAAAACUUCUUUUCUUACAAGCUUCUCCUUCUCUGAUCCUGGGGAGAUGAAAAUUGACAUCCAUAGUCAUAUUCUACCAAAAGAAUGGCCAGAUCUAAAAAAGAGAUUCGGCUAUGGAGGCUGGGUGCAGCUCCAACACCACAGCAAGGGAGAAGCAAAGAUGCUGAAAGAUGGGAAGGUCUUCAGAGUGGUCCAAGAGAACUGCUGGGAUCCAGAAGUUCGUAUUAGAGAAAUGGACCAAACAGGAGUGACGGUGCAAGUCCUUUCCACAGUUCCCGUUAUGUUUAACUACUGGGCUAAACCUCAGGACACUUUAGACCUGUGCCAGUUUUUAAACAACAACCUAGCUGCCACCGUUGCCAGCUACCCCAGGAGGUUCGUGGGUCUGGGGACAUUGCCCAUGCAAGCCCCUAAUCUGGCCAUCAAGGAGCUGGAGCGCUGUGUGAAGGAGCUGGGCUUUCCAGGGGUUCAGAUUGGCUCCCACGUCAAUGAGUGGGACCUGAACUCACAGGAACUCUUCCCAAUCUACGCGGUGGCUGAAAGGCUCAACUGCUCCCUGUUUGUGCACCCCUGGGACAUGCAGAUGGAUGGACGGAUGGCCAAGUACUGGCUCCCAUGGCUUGUAGGAAUGCCUGCAGAAACCACCAUGGCCAUUUGCUCCAUGAUCAUGGGUGGAGUGUUUGCAAGGUUUCCUAACCUGAAAGUGUGUUUUGCACAUGGAGGUGGCGCCUUCCCCUUCACAGUGGGAAGAAUAUCCCAUGGAUUUAGCAUGCGCCCAGAUCUGUGUGCCCAGGACAAUCCAACCAACCCAAAGAAAUACCUUGGUACCUUUUACAUGGAUUCCUUGGUUCAUGAUCCUCUGGCUCUCAAGCUGUUAACAGAAGUCAUAGGAAAGGAUAAAGUCAUUUUGGGAUCUGAUUACCCCUUUCCACUAGGUGAGCUGGAACCUGGGAAAUUGAUAGAGUCUAUGGAAGAAUUUGAUGAAGAAACAAAAGAUAAACUCAAAGCUGGAAAUGCCCUAGAAUUUUUGGGGCUUGAAAGAAAAGAAUUUGAAUAACUGGAUUUACUACAAAGGCAAAUUUUCAAGAAGCUAUUCUAUGUUUGUUUUAAAAUAUGUAUCACAUAUCCAUUACUAAAAUCCUAUUUUGAAAUAUUUUACCCAGAUACAGAACAUUACCAAAUAUCCAAACUUAUUCAUAACUAAAUAUUCAGAAGUGGUUUCAUUCUGAAAAAGCAACACAUUGCUUCACAUGUGAAUAGAAAAUGAAUAAUUUUCCCAGUGCUUUUUUAAUUAAUCUGAUAGAAAUAAAAAAUUAAAUGUCAUUAAUGACAUAUGGACAAAGACCAAAAUGAGAUUCAUCCUGGAGGGCUCAGGUAGGUUUUCCACUUUGAGCAAGUAUAUAUUAACACAGCUCCCAAAAAACUGGGGUUUUUUGUUUGUUUUUGUUUUUGUUUUUGAGGAGGCAAGGAUGACUUUUAAAAAAAAAAAACCUGUUGUUAAUGACUUUUAAUACCUUCCAUUAGCCCAGAACUGAGCU